AUGAUUGGCCGGGCGACGAGCUGGAGAGACGGCUUGCAUCCUGGGCGAAGGUUGUGCAAUCGGUGCCUUCUGAUUCGCCAAGGCAACUCGUCCCAGAGUGCCCAUUGGUCGGUUUCACCCACUCUCGGCAUGUCGUCUCUGAGCAGAGUCGGAGUCGCCUUGGCUCCAUGCUUUUGGCUCCCAACCUCUCACGACAACUCGUCCUUUUCCCCGCAUCUUGUCGCUAGCGCUGCAUGUCCUGUGCGUGUGCGCAGGCACGUAUGCACACAGACCUUCGUGCCGGCAGACUCGCUCGUCUCACCCUCUCCACCGGCGAUCUCCUCGUGCGCUCAUCCCACUCUCGGCCAGGCUCCUCUCUCCUCCUCUCUCCUCCUCUCUCCUCUCCUUUCCUCGUCGACUGGCCAGUCAGCCCGGCCGGGCAUAGGCGGGCUUGAGCGGCCGGUUACGCAAGCAAUCCUGUGCUCGGCCUCCGCGACAUUGGCUCGCGGGCCUAGGCCUUUUCUCUGUCCCUCCUGGGUCUGGUGUGCCCGGCUCUGCCCCACCCAACGCCAGGACAAGUUGGUUUGA